AAACAAGUGUGGAGCCCAACUGGGACUGCAGCAUAGAUGCUGCGGACAAUCGUCUCUGUGGGAUAGCUGGACAGGAUGGACGUUGGCCGAUACCAUUUGUGGUCCCUGCUUCUCCUGGGAGCCAUUUCAGGUUGUAUUUGUGACAACCCAGCUACCAAUACCACUAAAAUCACUCCAACAACAGAGGAAAUCAAUAGCACAGAUCAAACCCCUGCAAGCCCUAAAGAAUAUGUUGUAACGACUACACCAACGGAUCCCACCUGUCAGAAUCCCAAGCAGGUGAUGCAACAGCAUUCCCAGCUGCCCAUCAUCGUGAAACCCGUAGAUACCUCUCGAAUCAUUUUGGAAGGGAAUUCUGCCACUCUGGAAUGUCAGUUUAAGGCCCCACCGGAAGCAUCGGUGUUCUGGAAAAAAUCUUGCUCCCCAAAUUGUAGCAGCAAUUCUGACGUCUCCAACACCAGAAACCGUUUCAUCUCUGCAAACGUCCUUCAGGGCUGGUCGAAGCUCUCUUUCCAUUCAACCCAAAAGAACGACACCGGCAUGUACUACUGCUUUGUGGUUGCUUCCAGUGGUCACGGGCAAUCCUGUGGAACGUUUCUGUGGGUCAGGAGACCUCGCCCCGUCUCCUUCUUGAAUAUGAGUGAAUCCAUUAAAAACAAGAUUAUCACUGUGGAGGGAUUCCUUCUGCUUAUCUGUGCCAUUGGUCCUGGCCUUUUUCUGCUCUUCAAGAAGAGAUGGGAAAAUGAGCGCCUCUUGCAGGCCAAGAAGAAAGCUCAUGAAGAGGAGAAUCUGUAUGAAGGACUGAAUCUGGAUGAUUGCUCAAUGUAUGAGGACAUCUCCAGGGGUUUACAAGCUACCUACCAAGACAUAGGCAAUGCCAAAAUGAUUGAUUUACAGCUAGAAAAACCAGAGAAACCAUGAAUUAAAAAUGCCUGAUUGUCAUUUUCUAGUUUAUUGAAAAUGGUUAUUUUAAAAUGUGUAUAUAUGUGAUGGUGAUUCUGUAUUUUCCUAUUCUUAGAUAGUAGUAAUUGUAUAAAUUUAAUCUUGAGUAGAGAAGUGAGCUCUGCGUUGUCAAAAAUUGGCUUGAAUAGAAUAUCAUAAUUGAAAUAAUAGAGCAAAAAUUAUCCUUUGAUUUUCCAAACAAGAAAAUAUUCGGAUUAUAUGCCAUUUUGUAAUUCUGAUUCCUGAUUGCCAUUAUUUUAAAAAGGAGCAUCUCUCUGAGAUUCUGAAACAUAACCAAUGGUUAAACAUUACCCAUGGUGACAUUUACAAUCCAUUAAUUCCUUAUGCUUGCUUUCAACCGCUCAUUUUGAGUAAAAAGAAGCACAUCUGUAAACCAUAUUUGCAUUCAUUUCAAAUUAACAUUUUCUCCUCCAUUUUAAAUUGAACAUUUAAAAAUUAUCUCAUAUUUGUAGAAAAGCCUUGUUGUGGAUAGUAUAUUCUCACUAAAAAUGUCAUCACAUAUCCAAUAUUUGGAGUAGCUGCAUAUAGCUAUAAACCUAAUAAAACAAAUCUCUCAUGCCUGUGCAAAAACAGAAAUGGAUUACAAUAUUUGUGAUGUUUAUAUGAAGAAAUAAGAUAUAAGAAGUCUAGGAUGUCAGCAAGUUCUCCCUGGUAGAACAUUAAUUCUUAUGACAUCUGCAAAAAGAAAAAUAAUUAAAAGAAAAAGAUGGAAUGAUGAGGACAACAACUGCAAUUUAUCCUCAGUUUAUUUGCCAUUUUAAUACUUUCCCAUUCUUUAAGGGAAAAUAUAGCUUUAUUUAUACUGCAGACUUGUGAAUACAGGAAGACCUUUACCUUGUUUUUUUCACACAGCAAAUAGUAGCAAAAACAAGUGGUGGUGGAAUAAAUCCCAAAGACAAUGGGUUUUGGCUUUAGUGGGCGCCAAUAGUUUCAUGGGAUAACUCUUCAACGUUUGACAGUUUUAAUCAAGCCCCUGUUAUAAUCCUAUGGUAAUAGA